AUGAGAGGGACGGGGACCAAGAGGAGCGGGAGGGAGCACAGCAAUGGCGACAGGAAGCCGGAGGAUGAGCAGAGAAAGAAAAUACGUCAAGGAAAGGCAACUGAGCGAGCAGCGCAGAAGAAGCUCAUUGACCGCCUUGACACGCUUGUUCCUGUUGCUGCUGUGCCAGGCAGGUUUCUCAACGGCGGCCUCCGAUCCAAACGAACGACAGUGCAGCUCUACGAGGACUGUGUCAACCACUGCAGGCAGCUCCAGGACCCACAUCGCGCUGAUCCAGGAGGGGCACAAGAAGGGAAACAUGGGUCCAGGGGACGGGGGGAAGGUGCAGAAGCACAAGGGCUUGACCCGAGUGGGAGGUUGCCGUGGGUGUCAGGGCAGGAGCUGAUGGAAGCCUGUCUGAGCAGCAGCAGGGAGAGGCUGCUGGUUGUGGAGCUGCCUGAGUGGACGGUGGUAGAGAUGAGCGCGAGGCUGCGGCAGGACUUUGCGAGCGCUGCGUUUGAGGGCGACCUGAUCGGUCAGAGCUUCGGGCACCUGGUGGACUUUGACAGCUUGAACGCCCUGCGGUCCUUCAGCAAGGUUAUGAGUCUUCGGCAAGGAGACGUCAGCUCCCUGUCGCUGGUGAUCACCGUGCGGACGUUCCGGAGCAAGUCGGUGGUGGAGCGGCGGAUGAGGAUGACGACGCUGCAUGCGAGGGCGGCGGGGAGGUCGAUCUUCAUGCUGGAGGCUGGCGAGGAGAGCCGGGGAGGAGGCGGGAGGGAGGAGGAGGAGGAGCCGGACUGGAACAGGAGGGACAUGAUGGGGUAUAGCGGGUGCUUUGGGUAUGACUUUGGGCGGUCGACGUCGACGCCUUAUGACUUUGAUCGGGCCAUCUAUGAGGUGCAGAGAGAACCGCGAUCGGUGACCAUGAUGUCGAUGAUUCUCCCUAAGCUGCAGUCGGAAGCUUCAUCCAGCGCCGUCAUCGAUCGAGUUGCUUCCACCUCGGCGAUUAACGCUCUGCAGAAGACGCUUUACUCUUUCAUCCUGUCUCAUCAUGAGCUGCAAAUCAUGUUUGACAACAAGACAGCCCACGAGAUACCGUUUGCAGUCUUUCUGCGGCUGAAGCUUCCGCUGUCACUGGGAGGAUACCGGUCGCCGUGGGUGAAGGUGGUGGAGGCGAGUCUCAACGGCACCUUGUGCGGCUCCUUCUCAGGACACAAUCAGCGAGGGGCUCUUCAUGCUCACUGGAAUCAGAGCAGGGCUGAAAUCAAGUUGACUCUCUUCAUGAUGAACACUGCGGGGAAGAUCAUUCACACGAGGACGUGGCGAAUAUUUGCAGGAGGAGACAUCUGGCAAGAGGGGCAGGUGUACAGGAGCAUCAUGGAGGAGCCCUUCGUGUACAAGUACGUCCUGAAGCGAGUUGGUGACGUCGAUCGGGCGCUACAGGCGGACUGGCUGUUACAGCAUGCGGAGGAGAGUGAGGUGUAG